AUGGGCCUGGGCAAGACGCUGCAGGCGAUCGCGGCGAUGUGGGCGCUCAUGGCCGGCGGCAUCGACGGGCGCCCGGCGUGCCGGAGGCCGUUGGUGAUCUGCCCGUCGAGUCUGGUGGCCAAUUGGGGGCGGGAGGUGGACAAGUGGCUUGGGGGGAGGGCGAUGCCGGUGGCGGUGGAGAACACGGAGGGCGGCGCGGUGAGGCGGGCGCUGGAAGGGGGGCCGUACCGGAGGAGCGGCGGGGGUGGGCUGCCCGUGCUCAUCAUGAGCUACACGACCUUCCGGCUGCACAGGGAGCAGGUUCUCGCCUGCAAGCCAGAUGUUCUCAUCUGCGACGAGGCCCACCUGCUCAAAAACAAGAGCAGCCAGAUCGCGGUGGCCACGUCCGAGGUCCCCACGAAGAUGCGGCUACUGCUGACAGGAACGCCAAUCCAAAACAAUCUCCUGGAGUUCCACGCGCUGGUCGACAUUGCAAAUCCGGGCGUUCUGGGUGACGCUUCCCAGUUCCACAAGCACUAUGAAGAGCCCAUUCUGAGGGGCAGGGACGCUGGCGCCAGCGACGGCGACAUAAAGAGAGGCGAGGCCGCCUCCGCGAGGCUCCUGGAAGUGUGCAGCAAAUUUCUGCUGAGGCGGAACAGCUCCAUCCUCCAAAGCUACCUACCGCCCAAAGUGGAGCAGGUGCUGUCCCUUUGUCAGCGGGGCGUCGAUCCCCGCGACACCAAGCGGUCAGUGCGCUUGAGCGGUUUCGAAGGCGCGGCGCCACUGUACAGGCUCCCGGACAUAUCUCCCGCGUACCAGGAGGGCAGGGCCCAAGCGUACCACUCCGGAAAGGUGCUGAUCCUGGAUUGCCUCCUGAAGGCCGUGAGAAAGGCCCAUCCGGCGGACAAGGUGGUGGUGGUUAGUAACUACACGGAGACGCUGGACAUGGCUGCCAAGAUGUGCUUGUCCAGCGGAUGGAGAUUUUUGAAGUUGGACGGCUCUUGCGCGACAAAGUUGCGUCAGAACCUGGUGGAGCAAUUCAAUGACGAAGCCGACGCGAGUUUCGUUUUCCUAUUGUCGUCAAAGGCCGGAGGCGUGGGUCUAAACAUAGUCGGAGCAAACAGAUUGGUGCUUCUCGACCCUGAUUGGAAUCCCGCCAACGAUCUACAGGCAAUGGCACGUGUCUGGAGAGAGGGCCAGACCAAGACGGUGUGGAUAUACCGUCUGCUCACGACCGGCACCAUCGAGGAGAAGAUAUACCAGCGGCAACUGGCGAAACUUGGGCUGUGCGGUGCCGUGGUGGACGACCAAGCAGCCGGAAAUGCCAAGAAGUUCUGCAUGAAGGAGUUGAAAUCACUGUUUACGGUAGACCCAAACGCCGUGUGCGACACCCACACUGCCAUCAAAUGCGGGUGUUCUGGGAGGGGCCCCAAAGCGGGUGAUGCGCUUCCCAGAAGAGAGGGCAACGGGCAGGAUGUGCUGAGCUGGGGCCAUUUCGAAGACGUCUCAUCCUCUCCGGACCCAAUCUGGGACCACGUUUCGAAGUGGAUCUCCAGCAGGUUCGUCACCUUCGUCUUUUGCGACCACGUGGCGAAGCAGGAGAAGGCCGGCAGGGACAGCGUUGCAAGCGGCAGCAGCGACGUGGACUAG